UCCCCCUCCUCUGCGCCAUGUCCGACGACGCCGACGACUUCAGCAUCGUCGCUGCCGCCAAGGCUCCGCGUCGCAAGGGCGCCGCGGCCAGCGGCUCGUCUACCGCCGCCGCCGUCCGCCCCUCAGCCCUCUCGCCCGCCGACCAGGCCGAGCUGGCCGACCGCGACACUGAGAUCCGCGAGGUCGAGGAGCACCUGGCGCGCCUGCGCCGCGAGCGCAAUGCCUGGCUCGCUGCCGCGUCUGCCACUGCAGCGAUCGGCGGCAGCAAUGGCGCAGGCAGCAGCAAGAGCAACGGCGCGGCGGCAGCGGCGGCACAGGCCGUCGACUACUCGCGCCACGUCAGCUUCGAGUGGAGCGGCGAGCUGCUGCCGCGUGCGCGCCAGACAUGGCCCGCCGUGCAGCAGUUCCGCUUCGACCAGCAGGCAGUGUGUAAUGCGGCGCUCGACGGACGCGACACUGUCGUCGUCAUGCCGACUGGCGGUGGCAAGAGCCUGUGCUACCAGCUGCCUGCGAUCCUCGACAACGGCCUCACGCUGGUCAUCUCCCCACUCAUCUCGCUUUCGUACGACCAGUGCUUGCACCUGCGCGAGGCGGGCGUGUCGUGCGAGAUGCUCUCGAGCAUGGUGCCGCGCGAGGAGCAGACGGAGAUCCUGCGGCGCGUCAAGAGCGCCGGCCGUCUGGCGCCGGGACAGCGCGAGAUCAAGGUGCUCUUCGUCACGCCCGAGAAGGUUGCCAAGAGCAAGACGCUCGUGGCUGCGUGUCAGGGCGCAUACGGCAACGGCCGUCUCUCGAGGGUCGUGAUCGACGAGGCGCACUGCUGCAGCCAAAUGGGCCACGACUUCCGCCCGGACUACAAAGGACUCAGCAAGCUGCGCCUGCUGUGGCCGAGCGUGCCGAUCAUGGCGCUGAGCGCCACGCUUGCGCCUACGGUGCUCGAGGACGUGCGCAAGAUUCUCGGCCUCGCUCCCAUGACGCCCUUCGCCUCGGCGGCGCCGCAGCGCACCGUAUACUUCGGUGCGCCGCUGCACCGCCCGAACCUGCGCUACCGCGUCGUGCCGCGCAACACGAACGCCGAGAAGGCGGCGCAGGACAUCGUCGACUGGAUUGCGGCCGAGCAUGGCGGACACAGCGGCAUCGUGUACACGCUCUCGAAGAAAGACGCCGAGGUCAUGGCCGAGAACCUGAGCAGCCUCAGCAAGGGCCGCAUUCGCUCUGCCUGGUACCAUGCCGAUCUGGAGGACGCGGACAAGAUGCGCGUUCACCGCCGCUGGCGCUCGGGCGACAUCCACGUUGUGUGCUCGACGGUGGCCUUUGGCAUGGGUAUCGAUCUGGGCACCGUGCGCUUCGUCAUCCACGCGAGCCCGAGCAAGUCGCUCGACAGCUACCUGCAAGAGUCUGGACGCGCAGGCCGCGAUGGCGGACAGGCCGACUGCGUGCUGUUCUACCGUCCGCAGGAUGCAUCGCGCGUCGCUGCUCUCACCACCAGCGACCGUGGAGGAGAGGAGAAGCUCGCGUCGAUGAUCCAGUACGCGCAGAGCCACAAGUGCCGCAAGGUGCUGUUCCGCGAGUACUUCCGCGAUGCGUACGGCAACGGCGCGCCGUGUGGCACUUGCGACAACUGCACUAUGCCACCCGAGGUCAUCGAUGUGACCUUCGAGAGCUGGCAGCUGCUGCGUACGCUGGAGGAGGUCCAUGGCGAAGGCGGCCGUGUCACGCUGCCCGAACUUGUCAAGCUGGCGCGCGGCCUCGGCGGCGGACAGUACAACGUGCUCAGCGGCGGCGGAGGAGGCAAGCGCCGCAAGAGCAACUCGGGCCGUGGAGCUGCGCAGAGCGGCUUCUACAACGUGGAUCAGUCGGGCGGCAAGCUGGCGCUGUCGAGCGAUGACGCCGAGCGCCUCGCCACGCACCUCGUCACCCGCGCCUGGCUGUCGUGGGAGUACAACGCCACGGCCUACAGCGUCAACGUGUACGUCAAGCCGGGCCCCAACUCGGCACGCCUCACGCGUCUCGACGAGGAGGCGGUGCGCGCCGGCGAGGCGGGCACGCGCAUCGAGUUUGCGCUCAACAAGAAGACCAAGCGCGCAAAGGCGGCGAAUGGCAAGGGCAAAGCCAAGAAAGCGACCGGCAAGAAGAAGGCCUCGCCGUCGAAGGGCAAGCGCAAGCGCUCGUCUGCGUCCGACGAGUCUGCCUCCGACUCGGACUCGAUCGACUCGGACGACGAGCGCGAGGCGCGCGACGCCGACGUCAGCGCCUGGUCGGAGCCUAGCCAGCCGAAGCCCAAGGCAGGCGCGUCGACGGGCGGGCGUCGUCUGGGCGGCAAGCUGAAGCGCAGCAGCCUCGUGCCGGCCAGCGAGGCCGACGACGACGAGUGGGAGGUCUUCCAGGCCAGCGAGGCGGCUUCGUCAAGUCGUGCUGUCGCUGCUAAGCACACUGGGACCUCUCUCGGAGGAGGAAAAGGACGCGCAGAGGCGCCGAUUGAGAUUGACUGAGGGGAGGGAGAAGCGAGCUAGUCACCACCCGAGAUACCAUACACACACACCCUUCACAUCAAGCGCGCAUAAUGAGCAACCAACACCUGUCACCGCACACCACACACACCAUGUACCUGUACCACGCCCAAAUGCGACGCAACGAGCCAACUCGAUCC